CAGGUAUAACUCCGCCUGGUGCUUCUGCGGAUGGGGUUGAUGAAAGAUUGCAGGAAUCACCGCUCCUUUUACAAGGCAGAUUACAAAAGUCGGUUUCAGAAGGACCGGAGGUUAAAGACACAACAAAAGAAACACAUAUAAAAGUACCUCUGGCAGAGGAAGAAAGUUGCGAUGAUGAGGAUGAGAAUGAAGGACUAACUCCAUCAGGAGAAGAAGAAAUUCCACCGUCGUCACCACCACCAGGAGGAGGAAGAUUACCACAAGUCGAUGAUGGACCACUGAAAAAUGUAAAUGAAAUUGGACCGAAACCUGAAAAUCAACGCCCAGUCGUGGCUGGAAAACACCAAUCAGAAAAAGAAAAAGAUCCGCGGCUAGCAGCAGCAGCAUUGCCUGCAGAGCUUCCAUCGCCCAUUGUGAAGGCACCGGAGAGCUCAGAACCCGAAGCAGAAACAAAUCUCUCUAAUAAAGAAGGAGCAGAAAUUGGAGUUGGUAAUAUGAAUCUUACGGAGAAACAGGGAAGCCAGAACGGCGUGAAGAAGGAAGGCCUUUCAAUCAACCCACAGACAACAGUACCACCACAACAAACAUUAUCAGAAAAAACAACGCCGGAAGUAUCACCGCCAAAAGCAUCACCAGCAGUGACAGUUCCAAAAAAAGGAAAAGGCUUUCCAGCACCAAAUCUCUCACAGGAGUCAACACAACAAACGAACGAAAACACGCCGUCACAAAAAGAAACGGCACGCGAAGCAGUGAAACAGCUUUCAGGGGAAGGUACGGCAGAGCAACAAGAGCGCGAGAGAGACAAAUCAACUUUGUUGGAGAUUACCGAUAGCGGCAGCCAUGCGGAAACAACAGCACCAUUCAUCUCUACAAAUGGCAGUGACGAUGCUCAGGGUACGGUGGAUGAAAAUAAUGACGAUGAUCCACGGCCUAACCACAGAGAAACACGUGGCCACAAAGCUGCCAAUACCAACGAUGCUUCUACACCCAGUGAGACAGCACCACAAAAAACAGAAACAGUCACCGUCGCCCGAAUGAAUGGUACGACAACUGGCGGAAGUGACGGCAGCACCGCGGUCUCCCGCACCACCUCCCCUCUUUUGCUUCUUCUUGUUCUUGUUGCGUGUGCGGCUGCUGCUGCUGUGGUGGCCGUGCCUGCAUGA